AUGACACUCUGGGGGCUGGUCGUCCUCAGUGUCCUGUUGGUCGUGGAUGCAACACUGGUGACAGAUUAUCCUGUGAACGCACAGCUACCUCCUGUGGCAAGGGUUUUGCAACCAUUCAAUUUCACUUUCUCUCGAGGUACUUUCGGCGGUGUCAACUCAAACACGGAAUAUUCCCUCUCAAACGCCCCGUCAUGGCUCCAUGUCGAUAGCAAAAACCGCAUCCUUUCGGGCACACCUAAAGAGGAGGAUGAAGGUAACCCGAAAUUUGAUCUUGUGGCGUCAGAUGGGUCAGACUCCGCAAGCAUGGAGGUGACCUUUAUUGUUACGAAAGAUGAAGGACCGAAGCCAGGAAAGCCACUACUGCCCCAACUUGAAGGCAUCGGAGCCACGUCGGCACCCUCAACAAUUCUUAUACACUCGGGCGACUCUUUCUCGAUAACGUUUGAUUCCGAUACUUUCAUUAAUACGCGACCCUCGACUGUAUACUAUGGAACGUCACCGGAGAAUGUUCCUCUGCCCUCAUGGAUCGGGUUUGACCAGUCCAACCUCCGAUUUUCUGGAGUCGCACCCAAUAUCGGGCCCCAAACUUUCAGCUUCAACCUUGUCGCCUCGGAUGUGGCUGGCUUUGGCGCAGCCACGGCUAGUUUUGAUAUGACAGUCAGCCCGCACAUACUGGCCUUCAAAGAGAGUGCGCAAACCUUCUUUGUCAGCCGUGGGAAAGAAUUCACCAGCCCUCGCUUUGAAGAGAUCUUGACUCUGGAUGGACGCCAAGCAGCACCUGACGAUCUAACGGACAUUACAAUUGACUCACCAGACUGGAUUAAACUAGAUGAAAAGUCUAUAUCGCUUCGCGGCACCCCUCCGACCGAUGGAAGUGAUGAGAACGUCACAAUAUCUGUUACGGACAAAUACCAGGAUGAAGCAAGACUCCUCGUUAGUCUGCAGUAUUCUCAAUUCUUUCGUGCCGUGAAAGACUGUGAGGCAGUUAUCGGGGACUAUUUCACGUUUGUUUUCGACAAUACAGUCCUCAGAAACGACUCUGUGCAACUGGACGUGGAAAUUGGACGGGACUUGCCAUGGCUGCACUACAACUCCAACAACAAAACACUUUACGGCCAGGUUCCUUCGGAUAUCGACCCGGCGAAAUCAUCGGUCCAGCUCACGGCCAGCCAAGGGUCUGCGAAGGAUACUCGGGAGUUGACUAUCAAGACUGUGGAAGGUGACAAUUCGCAUGGAUCCAGUUCCACGGAUUCAGGGGGUGGAGGUGGCGGUAUUCAUGGCAAAAAGGCUGGUAUUAUUGCAAUCGCAGUGAUCGUCCCCUUUGUGGUCGUCACGAGCCUAUUGCUCCUCUUCUGCUGCUGGCGUCGCAAGCGUAGAGCGGCGACACCAGAAGAUGGGUACGAUAGCCAAGAAAAAUAUCCGCCUACAGGUCCUAACCCCUCGACGUUACCACACUGCCAACCCUUUGAAGAUACGAAUCAGGGCAGCCCACCACGGUUAGACAGAAGUCCCUCGCCGUCUUCGAAACCACCAAGAUUAGAAUUGGCACCCAUGUGGAAUACAAGCCCUUUUCGUCCUGGCGGGCGAAAGUACGAAUUGCCCGUGAGAGAAGACAAUGACGCCAAUCCUACCAUCGAGUGGGACUUUGCUCCCAUCAGAAACACCGAGCCACAUGAGGACACACUAAAUGAAAAUGCACCUGCGCAACCGAAGCGCCUGUCGUUCCAGAACAGUCCUCCCAGGCGCAUACGAACCAAUAGCACCCGCCGCCGAGAGCCAUUUAAAUCCAUCCAGCCAAGAAGGUCAUUGAAACGGCAUUCGGCGCAGUCAUCUCGUUCCAAGAGAUAUUCCAAGCGUUCUAGUGGAAUCUCGUCAAUCGCAUCAGGACUCCCCAUACGACUCAGCGGCGCUGGGCAUGGAGCAGGUGGAUUUGGGCCUCCAGGCCAUGGCGUCGUCCGAGUCUCGUGGCAGAAUACUCACACAUCUCUUCAAAGCGAUGAGAGUGGUGUUGGGAAUCUUGCGCCUUUGUUUCCUCGACCUCCCCCUCGAGCGCGCGAGAGCGCGGAAUACCCAAAACGAAUCAGUUUGCGGACCGUGGAGCCCGACAAUCCAAACGCAGCCGAUUCCGACUCGUUAGAGGCUUUUGUACAUAGCCGAGCAAAACAUCGAAAUUCAUCCAACCCGUUGUUCUCGGGCCAGCUCAGCCGCCGAACGUCUUCCGGUCUACGCGCUCUAGAGAGGGCCCGAAGCACGGCCAGUCGGACCGACACAAUUGGCAGCUCCAACUACGGCGAAGACUACCGGCGAUCCAUCUACGAUCGCCCGUGGUCAACGGCCAUGUCUGCAUCCGUCUACACCGAUGACAAUCGACAAUCGGCCUAUCUUGAAUCGCUGUCUGAGGAGUCCUUGAACAUCCGGCCUCUAGCACCCAUUGGAAAAGGACCAAGUCAAUCCAGUCUAGCUCAGAAAUACUCCGAGGCGAUUACGCCGCUUCCCCGUUUCUUCAGCGAGCUUAGCAUGAAGAGUGGGCGACGGGCCGAGCCGGGCCAUCCAACAGGCGCAGCUGCUCAUCCUAAUCCUCUCAUCGAGGAGCCGCAGAUUCAAACGAACCAGCCCGGCAUUCCGCAGUCCAAUUCCAAUCUACAAGACGAGCUUCCUAAGAAAUCUACAAAUCCAUUUCGAAAAAGUCUGUCCGCGUCGUCCGCCUUGAUCGACGGCAAGGGACGCCGAGCAAGUUUGGUUCGACUAGCGGAACGAGAUGCAAAUAGCCACCGAGGACUCUCUCGGGAUCUGAAUAGCAGUGUGAAGAGUGAUAUAGCAUUUGUAUAAGCGCGGGAAGGUAUGUCUUUCAAAUCAUCUUGUUCUGUACGUUUGGCUCUGUACCUGUUUUCCCGCCAACGACCGGCAAGCAUUUUGCAGCAUGAUAUCCAUAGUUAGUUUGUCGUUC